UCAGGGGCGGUGCCGGCGAGCGCAGCCAUGAGGCUGUGCCGGCCCUUUGUUGCCGGGGCUCCGCGGCCGCCCCUGCGGCCCUGAGCCCGCCGGCAGGCAGCGGGAGCUGUUCCCAGCAGGAUGCCAUGGGGAACUGCUGGGCGCGGUGGUGCUGCGGGCUGUUCCUCCGGAGGGAUCCCGGCCGCAUCCAGCGCGGCGGAGGAUCCAAGUAUUUUAGAACGUGUUCAACAGGAGAACACUUCACUAUAGAGUUUGAGAACCUGGUGGAGAGUGAUGAGGGGGAGAGCCCAGGAAGCAGUCACAGGCCUCUGACUGAGGAAGAAAUUGCAGACCUGAAAGAGAGACACUACGACUCCAUUGCUGAGAAGCAGAGGGUUGUUGAUCUGAAGCUGCAGUCAGAGUUAGCCUUACAAGAGGAGAAGUUAAGACUAGAAGAAGAGGCUUUAUAUGCUGCACAACGUCAAGCAGCCAGGGCAGCAAAGCAGAAAAAGCUCUUGGAGCAACGUAGGCAGCACAGGAUAACGCAGAGAGCACACGCUGUUAACAAUGGAGAGUUCCAGAGCUGUGUGGCAGAGGAAGACCUCGAUCCUUUCCUAAGGAAUACAAAAUUCCAAUAUGAAGCUUUCCGAAGCAGCAGGCUUUCAUCUGAUGCCACAGUGCUGACACCCAACACGGAGAGCAGUUGUGACUUGAUGACCAAAACCAAAUCAGUGAGUGGGAACGAUGACAGCACCUCCUUGGAUUUAGAGUGGGAGGAUGAAGAAGGCAUGAACAGGAUGAUCCCGGUGAGGGAGCGCUCCAAGACGGAGGAGGACAUCCUGCGGGCAGCGCUGAAAUUCAACAGCAGGAAGCCAGGGAGCCACCCAGCCUCAGCCUCCGACGAUUCCAACGGGCUGGAGUGGGAGAACGACUUCGUCAGCGCCGCCGCCGUGGACGACAACGGCAACUCCGAGUACGCCGGCUUCGUCAACCCCGUGCUGGAACUGUCGGCCUCGGACGUCAGGCUGGCGGAUUCCGAGCGCCAGGACAGAUAGUGACCAUCCCUGCCCCUCAGCAAACGCCGGGAAGGGAAGCGGAGCCCGCCAGGCCACCGGGAUCUUUUGUAACCCGCUGGCCUUUUUGUGACGUGCGGACGGGCGAGCGACGGGAGCGGCUCGCUGUCCGGAUGGGUUCAGAACUAAGUGCAAUUUUAUCACCUACCUUCUCCACUUUUGUGAAAACUACUGUGUAUAUUUCUGGGUAUCUGGAUUUCAUAUCAAACUAUCUGCACUAAUUGGAGCUUCGUAGCUUUGACUUAUCUGUAUUUUAACUUGCCUUUUUUUCUUCUGGAUGAUGUUUCUAUUGAUUUUGUUUUAAAAUUCAUCGUUGGCCUAAUAUUUAUCUCAGAAACUGUCCUGUAUAAUUUAUUGAAUACUUGAAGAUAGAGAAAUAAUUUUAAAAUAUUUCUAUUUCUGUGCUUUUGACCUGCUCUUCAGCUGUUUAGAGGAUGCAAAAGUAAGAGCUGCAAAGCAAAUCUGACAUGUGGCAAACUGCAGAUUUUCCCCUGUCAAGCUUAAAGCCUUCCUAGUCUUCUGUUGUCCUUUUUCCAUUUGUUUUAUUUUUUAAUUACUUCAUGCUAAGCACGGUUAACCUCAGUGAACACAGCAAAACUCAUCAGGUUAGGUAAGGUACUGCCUUGUGUAAUAAUAUGCCAGACUUAGUAAGUGUGUGCUAGAUAGAAAAGCAAAAAUAAAAUAUAAAUUCUCUUUACGUGUUUGGGAAUUUUAACCAGUGGAGAACUGGGAGGACCAAAGUCUUGUUUUUCCCAGCCCCCCUGAACAUACCAACCUCUGUUGCUACACGGUCCUUAAAAUUCUUCAGUUGUGGAAAAUUUGUAAUUCCACUGGACCAGAACACUUAUGGAAAAGCAACAUCCAGUGAGCAAACCGGGGGAAGGAAGAACAAGAACCUAAAGACUGAAUUUCUACAUCUGCAUUUUGCAAAGAAAGAAGAAAAUUUCAUGUUUUAACAGUGUGCUAAAGUGCUCUGCCUUUCCUGUGCCUCUGAAGUGGGUGGUUAAUCCUGCUAAUACGGGCUGAAAUCCAAGGAGGUGUUCGGUGACCGCACCACUGCUGUCCUGUGCCGUGUGGUCUCCCCCGGUAUUCCAUGUCAAUCUUAAUUUUUAGCACAAGAGAACCUGAAAAGUACUUGCAGAUCUCAAGCUUUCCCCAAAGUUUCAAAGUAAAGCCAUUCUACUCUGCCAUUAUUUAGUGCAGCUGUCUCGUUUUUCCAGGGGGGAAAAGGGUGACAGGGUUUAACUUUGUUUUGGAGUAAAAGGGAACACGUAGUGCUAAGUAAUGAACCUGCUCUGUCAAUCAUCAGAACUGAAUUUUUUGGUGAAAGCUGUGUGAAAAAUGUGGUUUAGCUCAUCCGAAGCUAUUUGGAAUAUUUGGGUCACUGGCAGUGUGGAUAAGGAACAAAAAUACUGCACACUGGGGUUACAUGUGUACAGAUAACCCGAGAGAACAGAUAAAUCCUGUUGGUAACAUUCCAUAUGUUCAUUUCAGUUGUAGCUAUGCCACUGAAAAUAUUUUACUGCCAUUAUUUCUAUUUGCAAUACUUGUAACGAGCUUUAAAGACCUGUACACAUCAAAUGUAUAUUUUGGGUUUGGCCUAAGCUACUGCUGUGUGACUUCUCCUGGAUAUUUCUUUGUAUAGUAUAUUCCUGUGGGAAGGAGGGAAGGCAACUUCCUCAACAUGUAAAUAACAUGUUUUUUACCUGCUGAAACCGUCACCUCCCCUGCACUGGUCACCGCUUCUGCUGGCCAGGGAACAUGAGGUGACCUUGUCCUGACCAUGCCUUGAGGAAUUAGCUGACAGUCCUGCCCUUGGGAUGAACGAGCACUGAGGAAAAAGGAGGCUGACUCCAGCUUUUUCUGUGAUGGGCAUGUUGUGUAGCCGUGGUUGGUGAUAACAUUUGCAGUGCUCAGGGCACCACGCUGGGUGACUUUUGAAGGGAUGCUCCAUCCCUGUGGGGGUUUGAGGAACGGAGGGAUUCCAUAAAACAGCUCGUGUGGAACAGUUCAAGGGUGCUGUAAAAUGCCUACCUGUACAAAUUGAAGAGUCAUUAAAAUUUUCAGCAAGUCUUA